AAUGUUUUCAUGUUUACUAAAUUUCUAUAUGAUUUUUAUUUGCCGUCUCGCUUCUCUCUCAAUGAGAGGACGAACUAAUUCCUGAAUAAUAAUAAUAAGAUGGCAUCGCCGCCACCGCCACCACCGCCACAAUCACCUCCAUCUGCCUCCAAUUCCCAGAACUCCGCGACUCCAUUAAUUUCCCCGAAGGUUGAAGAUGGUGCUGUCAAGAAUGGUGUUCCCGAUGUCCUCCAGGUGAAGCCCGAGUUAGCUCAUUUCCAGAUACUUGACAGUGUGGAAAACAUGGACAAGUACAGAAGAUAUGAAGCUGACUACACCCAUCGCCUGAUGGCAAAGUACUUCUCUAAGAAGAAUUUUUGUGGCGGAGAUGUAUUCGAUGAGAGAAUGAGAAUGGGUGAUGAAACUAUAAUGUCUAGCAGGUGGCCUUGUACUCGAUCAUUUGCUGAUCCAGUGAAGGGUUUUGAGGAACAGAGCCAUGAUGGUUCAACGUCAGAAGCCUGAUUAACAUCUCCAGGGGAAGCAUCCACCAAGUAGUGGCUGAUGAAAGAUUAGCUUCCUUAAGCGGUAUCAUAUAUAGCUAGAUAUGAAUGAUGUAGACAAAGAUACAAAGUGAACAAAAAUUUCAUUCUAAGUUCCCAUAUAGGUGUUAGAAAUGGUUGUCAAUGAAUUUGUCUUCAAGCUUAGCAAUUGACCCAUUGCAUCUUUUAUUUAAUAUUAAUUUAACUAGUUAUCAAAAA